AUGCACUGUUUUAGGCUGCGGGCCAACUUCAAGCAUUCGCCCGGCGCGUUCCUAUCGCGCGAGGAGGCCUACGACCCCUACGUGGCCCACUGCGAGCGCAUGCACUACGAGCACACCACCCUCGCCGUCUUCGCCAAGCUCUUCAAGAAAGCGUUCCCCGACGCGGAAACGAAGCGGGUUAUUCGCGACGGCACAGCGCCGAGGCGAUGCUGGGCCGACAUGGCCUUCUGCCCCAGCUCCAGCGCGCCGGCCUUCAUUCCGCCUCGCCCCGUCCCCAUUCCCACAGCCAUCACCUGGGUCAAAGAGAACGCUAAGGAGAUCUACCAUGAAGAGGUACGGUACAGGGCCGCGCGCAAGCGGUCGCGCGAGGAUGCGACCAGCGUCGGCUGCACUACCGAUGAGCCGCUUCCCGAGGGCCUGCCUACCACCAGCUCGGCCACUGGCGACGACAGCAACUUCGACGGCGACGACGGCGACGACGACCGCGGCGGCAGCGACCAGCCAAGCGAAUUCCACUACGUCGAAGACGACGAUGACGACGAGCAGACGAUGACGAUCGGUAGGACCGGCGCCCAACUUGAGGCGAAGGGCGUGCUCGUCUUCAUCAGCCAGGUGUACAUCAAGGAGCUGUGGGGCAUCAACCCCAUCAACCCGGCAACGACGGAAGUCGAGCUGCUCUGGCGAGGCGUGCUCUCGGCGCAGAGCUCCACGCUCGCCCUCACCAGCUGCCUGCUCAUGAGCAGUGCGAGCUUUCUGAUGGGCCACUGGCCGCUUGCCAAACACUAUUUUCGCAUGGCGCGCCACCACCUGGGCGUGCUGUUCGACACGGCCGACUACGACAUCGCGUGCGUGCUGCUCCCCUUGUCCUGGUGGAGCCGCCUCUACGCCGAAAACCAUGACGAGGGGAUGGAGAAGCAGGUCUACUACGUCACGCUCGGCCAACAGAUCUGCGAGAACUGCGGCGCACAGAAUGACGACACCUAUCGAAACCUCACCUAG